AUGAGGGAGGUCGAGACGUUUAAACGCCUCGAUUCAAAUCCAUUCACACCUCCCCACAUCCUCGAUUGGGGCCUUCUCGAGGACCUUAAGCUCAAAGACGACGUCAAGCGCUACUUGGCAUUGCUCGACCUCGAGCAAUUCGAGGACGUGAGUCCGUUUGCGUUCAAAACAUUGGCCUUGGAGUUCUUUACCACAGCCGUCAAGCAUGACAAUGGCAAAUACCUUACCGCUCGUCUCAAGGGUAAAGAGUACAAGAUCACGGACAAAGCACUCCUCACUCCAUGCGAAAAGUACAAAAGGACCGGCGCAUCGUCGGGUUUGCUCACCGAUGUAGGACACGCAGUGAUUCACAAGUAUAUCUCGCACAUGGUCUUCGGGAAGCGUGAGUCCAACAAGGUGAGCGAGCAGCAGGUCUUUAUCCUUUGGUCGGUAUCAAGAGACAAGCCAGUUAGCAUGUUGCAGUACCUCAAGAAUGCCCUUUUCGACAUACGAAAUGACACAAGGCGUGGCCCGAACUUGGGGCAUGUAGUUGCGGAUUUUGCCGAGUUCUUUGGGGUUGAGAUUGACGAACCCAAGGUUGGCGCCCAGUAUAUUACCGAGAGGGAGCUCUCCACCGCCGGGUUCAUUGACGAUCGUUACACCAUUCGUUCCGUUCAGAAACGGAGGAGUUACGAGAUUUAUAUGGCAUCUAUAGGCCAGGGAGUCGCCCCGUCCACAGCAGUAGCUGGUACGUCAGCCGGUCCAGCUGGAGGCCUCUGA